AUUUUUUAUUAGAUUUUUUGUUUUGCAUUUUAGAAUAUUCAUUUAAACAACCUUAAAAUAUCAAUGACUUUCCCACUUCUCUUUCCGUGGUUCAUUUUGCAAAACAGAAAUCCCUGUAUAUUUCAUAUACUGUAAACUAAUUCAAUAUUCCAUUAUUACAUCCAUCAAAACUUAUUUACACUGUUGAAUUUAUCUCAGUACUGCCCACAUUUUCAACGUACACAAUUUCCCCCCAAAUAUUCAAUUAACAUUUUCCAGUCUUCUUUAAACGUACAGUAUGUUGUUUUUGUUCUCUUAGAACAAGAAAUAUGUUAGGUCCACAAGCUGCGCAUAUUCCAUCAGUUUAAGUUGCCAUUCUUCUAUAGUUGGGACUUUGCUUGUUUUCCAUUUUUGGGCUAACAAAACACGUGCUGCCGUGGUGGCAUACAUAAAUAACUUUUUUUGACACCUGGGAAUUUCUGCCAGAAUUAUCCCCUACAAAAAGAACUCUGGUUUUUUGGGGGGAAAGUACUUUAAAACAUUUUUUUCUAGUCAUUAUGAAUUUUCCCAAUAUUCCUUUACCCUUUUACAGAUCCACCACAUAUGAUAAAACAUACCCUCAGUCUCAUUGCAUCUCCAGAACUUAUCUGAUUCAGUCUUAUACAUCUUAGCAGGCCCACUCGGAGUUACAUACCAUCUGUGAAUCAUUUUCAGGUUCACUUCUGACACCUGGUGUUGCAGCAGCCUGUUUGAACAAUGGAAGCAGAAGAUGAGAUGGAAAAGAUCAAUAUUGUCAGCGAAAACAACCAGGAGAGUGAGCCAGAAGAUCAAGGAGAGGCGCUGCUGGGCACCCCGAAGAGCCUGCCCAGCACCUGGCAACACAAGUGUGCCUCUUAUGUCCUGGCCCUCCGCCCCUGGAGCUUCAGCGCCUCCCUCACCCCAGUGGCCCUAGGCAGCGCUCUCGCCUAUCGCUCCCUGGGGACCUUGGACCCUGGGCUCCUGGUUGGCAGCGCAGUUACCGUCUUGGCUGUCCACGGGGCUGGGAACCUCGUGAACACCUACUAUGACUUCUCCAAGGGGAUCGAUCACAAGAAGAGUGAUGACCGGACCCUGGUGGACCGGAUAUUGGAGCCCCAGGACGUGGUCAGAUUCGGGGUCUUCUUGUACACCCUCGGCUGCAUAUCAGCGGCCUGCCUCUAUUGCCUCUCUACCCUCAAGUUGGAGCACCUAGCCCUGAUCUACUUUGGAGGGCUCUCUAGCUCCUUUCUCUAUACUGGAGGCAUUGGCUUCAAGUACGUGGCACUGGGCGACGUGGUGAUCCUCAUCACCUUUGGGCCGCUGGCCGUGAUGUUCGCCUAUGCCGUGCAGGUGGGCUACCUGUCGGUCUCGCCCUUGCUCUACGCCGUCCCGCUGGCCCUGAGCACCGAGGCCAUCCUGCACAGCAACAACACCCGGGACAUGGAGUCGGACCGGCAGGCCGGCAUCGUCACCCUGGCCAUCCUCAUUGGGCCAACGUUCUCCUACUUCCUGUACAACGCCCUCCUCUUCCUGCCCUACCUGGUCUUCUGCGUCCUGGCUACCCGCUACACCAUCACAAUGGCCCUCCCGCUCCUCACCAUCCCCAUGGCCUUCUCCCUGGAGAAGCAGUUCCGCAGCCAGAGCUUCGUCAAGAUCCCCCAAAGGACAGCCAAGCUCAACCUCUUGCUGGGACUCUUCUAUGUCUUCGCCAUCCUCUCGGCACCCCCGGGGUCCCUUCCGAAGCUCUAGGAGGAGGGAGUUCUGUGGAGGUGGCCGUGGCUGGAAACUCCGGGUUUUCCCUUGAGAACUGGGUGCAGUGGAGGUCGAUCCAUCGGAGCGAGAGGGGCCGCUGCCCCACCAACUUCGGAUUGCAUCCAGUCUGUUGUGGGUGGGGUCCUGGCUGUCGGCUUCCUCCUCCUCCUUAGUCUCAGUAUUGCCAUUAUAAAACUCAGUAUGGAGGAAGAGGAGGAGGAUGGGGGCAAAGCUGGGAUUGGCUGGUUCUACCUGUCAUUCUCUCUGACACCACCUUCUCCGGGGCCCUCUCUGCCUUCUGCCACACCUGUAUUGGUGGGCAUCAGCUUCCACUGCAUGGGCAGUGCUCGUGGGGUUAUAUUUCUCAGAGAACAAGAAUUAGAGGUCUAUCAAUUGAUGUUUUUAA